ACCAAAUAAUAUUCCAUUUUUCUUUAUCUUUUUCUAAUCUCUACUGUUACUUCAUUCAUCUAAGUUGCAAGAAAUUCUUCUUGUUUUGCAAUGGCAAACAAUGAAGAACAGAAACAUGCAUUGAAGGACAAGUUGAAGGAACUUGUGAAUACUAUAGUGGAAGGUGAUGACUUCACUGUGCAUGCUGCUGAUGAAGCUAUCACUGCUCUUUCUGUUCUUAGGGAUAUGAAAUGCAGUGCUUCUUUCUCUCGUAAAUUCGAUCAUUUAUCUCUUCCUGUUCCUCCACAGUUUCGUUGCCCCAUCUCAGGUCUCAUUAUGACUGAUCCUGUUAUCUUGGCCAUAGGACAGACUUAUGAUCGACCGUUCAUCCAGAGGUGGCUGAAUGAAGUCCACAAAGCUUGCCCUCAGGCGCAGCGUGUCCUCUCUCAUUCCAUCCUUUCCCCUAAUUAUUUGGUCUAUGACAUGAUUUCAAGGUGGUGUAAGGAGCAUGGAAUUGAGCUGCCAAUGCCUGUUGGGGACAUUGACAAUGGAGAAGUAACUGAAGCACACAAAUACCGUUUACGUUCGUUGCUUCACAAACUGUCCUUAUCUGCAUUGGAUCAAAAAGAGGCAACAAGAGAGCUUCGGCUGUUAACAAAGAGAAUGCCAUCGUUUCGAAGACUCUUCGGUGACUCGGAAGUGAUUCAGAAUUUGCUCAGUCCGUUAUCACCCGGCUUGGCUUGUAUUGAUCCUGAACUCCAUGAGGACCUGAUUACAGCUGUUCUAAAUCUCUCAUUUGAUGAAAGCAACAAGAGAGCUUUUGUAGAGGAUGAAAAGCUUAUCACCUUUAUUAUUGAUUCCUUGAAAUCAGGAACCAUACAAACAAGAAGCAAUGCUGCUGCAGCUAUUUUGUCAUUAUCAGCUCUUGAUAUCAACAAACACAUUAUUGGAAAAACUGAUGCAAUUAAAAAUUUGGUUGAUCUUUUAGAAAAGGGGCAUCCAUCAUCAAUGAAAGAUGCUCUUUCGGCUAUAUUCAAUCUCUGUAUUGCACAUGAAAAUAAAGCGAGGACUGUUCGAGAAGGUGCAGUUCAGGUUAUUCUCAGCAAGAUCAUCAUGGACCGUGUUCUAGUUGAUGAGUUUUUGUCUCUAUUGGCACUUCUCUCCAGCCAUUCAAAGGCUGUUGCAGCAUUGGGAAGUCACGGCGCUGUCCCUUUCUUUAUGGGUAUUUUAAGGGAUAACAGCAUUUCGGAUCGGAGCAAGGAAAACUGCGUUGCAAUCUUGUACAUCAUAUUUUUCAAUGAUAAAACAAAGAGGAAGGAAAUAAAAGAAGAUGAAAUAGCCAAUGGUACAUUGUCUAAGCUUGCACAGUGUGGAACUUCAAGAGCUAAGAGGAAAGCUUCUGGUAUUCUUGAUAGGCUCAACAUAGUUCAAUCCUCAAAGCACAUUACUUGAGGGUUUAUUUGGUGUCCAUUUGUGAAAAAGUUAUAUGAGGAAGUGUCAAUAAAAUCACCAAUUAAGGGUAAAUACCAAACUGAUUCAUUAUGAAAUUAAGACUAGAAAAUUA